UGUAUCUGGUAUAUUCAGUUCAAACUUCAAAAACCUGAGCUGCUAGAGAGAGAAAGAGAGAGAGAAGAAUGGAGAGAGCAACACCUGUGCGGAAAACCCACACUUCGACCUCAGAUCUGCUGACGUGGACCGAGGCUCCGCCGCCUGGCUCUUCCGCCUCCGCCAACGCCUCUCGCUCCGCCUCUCAUCCCAACCAGCCAGCCGAUGGAAUUGGUAAGGUGCUUUUUGGAGGACAGAUCACUGAUGAGGAAGCUGAAAGCCUCAAUAAAAGAAAACCUUGUUCGGGCUAUAAACUAAAGGAGAUGAAUGGCAGCAAAAUAUUUGCAGCCAAUGGGGAAGAUGACACGUCGGAAUCUGGAAUUGCUGAUGGGAAUUUCAAUAACCGGACAUCAGUUCGUAUUGUGCAGCAAGCUGCAAAUGGGAUAAGUCAGAUUUCGUUUAGUACCGACGAAAAAAUUUCUCCAAAGAAACCAACCACAAUCCCUGAAGUUGCGAAACAGCGUGAACUGAGUGGGACAUUGGAAAGUGAUUCGGAGAGCAAGAUGAAGAAGCAACUUUCAGAUGCUAAAUCGAAGGAGCUAAGUGGAAAUGACAUCUUUGGCCCUCCAGCCGAAAUUCCUCGUCGCUCAUUGGCUGCUGCAAGAACUAUGGAAACAAAAGAAAGCAAAGAAAUGGAAGAACCUGCGUUUCGAACUAUACGCACUUCCGUCAGAGUUUCUAAUCCAGCUGGAGGUCAAAGUAACAUAUCGUUCGGCGACGAACCAGAGGUAAAGACAGCAAAGAAAAUCCACAACCAGAAAUUUGCUGAGCUGACAGGCAACGGAAUAUUCAAAGGAGAUGUGCCGCCAGGAUCGGCUGAAAAGCCACUGAGUGUAGCCAAGUUGAGAGAAAUGAGCGGCAAUAAUAUAUUUGCCGACGGUAAAGUCGAAUCGAGAGACUACUUUGGUGGGGUCCGAAAACCACCUGGCGGUGAGAGUAGCAUCUCCUUGGUUUAGCCUAAUAAGACGAAAAAUAGGUACGAGGAUAAUAUGCUAAUUUAAUCUAGGAGUUGUUGAAUUAGGAUAUUUAUUAUGGAUUAUGUUUUUCACUAAUUUCAUUUACUGUGUUUUGUAUGGAGAUAUAUACUGAAAUCAUCAGUUUCAACUUUCAACUAUUUAUUUUUCAUCUGGCCCCAUUA